CAGAUCAGCUGAUCUCGUUGUAAACAGUCAGCAGUGACAGAGGUAUGUGUGUGCAGGGCGAGUCACCGCCGUCAUACAUAUUUCCCCGCGUGUUUCGUCAGAGGACGCCAAAUGAGAAGUGAGCGUUUGUCAGCGAGUGAGAGCGGGAUGUGUCGGAGGAUCUACGCCGGGCUGUGUGCGCUGCAGUAGGGCAGCAGGAAGCGCACCGGAGGGGCUCCACGGUGGGCCCCUGUGAGGGAAAGAAGCUGGAUUUUAACUCACGAGACGUGGAAACUGGUUGCAUGGAGGAGCUGGAACCAGAAGAGCAGCUCCUGCAACACGCCCGCAACGGAGAUUUGCUCGGGGUUCAGGGACUCCUCAAGCCAAAGGCGGCCGGGGUGGAGUGGCGGAUUAAUAUCAACUGUAAAGGUAAAAGCAAGUCUAACUUGGGAUGGACACCUCUUCACCUGGCUUGUUACUUUGGUCACAGAGACGUAGCAGAGGAACUCCUUAAGGCCGGAGCGAAUGUGAACCUGCCCAAUAAUCUCGGAGACACGGCGCUGCACAAAGCUGCAUUCACAGGAAGAAAGGAGGUUGUCAUGCUGCUGCUGCACUAUGAUGCAUGUGCUACUGUCAUCAAUGGGACGGCGCAAAUUCCCAAAGAUGUCACUCAAAACGCAGAGAUCAGAAGCAUGUUGGAAGCUGCUGAAAGGACAGAAGAGAGGAAACUGGAGGAGAAACUUCUGGAAGCGGCAAGAGAAGGAGACCUCUCGACACUAACGCAGCUGCUCAGCAGGAAGAAGCCUCCAGAUAUCAACUGCACAGAUCUGCUGGGCAACAGUCCGCUGCACUGUGCCGCCUACCGAGGCCAGAGGCUGUGUGCCCUGAAGCUGCUCAGGAGUGGCGCCAACCCCAACUUGACAAACAAAAACGGGCAGACGGUGUUUGACCUGGCCAGCGACGCGGCGAUGAAGCAGUGUCUCGAAGGCAACGUUCAUCGAGGUUUGACCCGUCACGUCAAAAAGUACGAAGGACUCCUCUGGAAGAGCUCCAGGUUUUUUGGCUGGCGCUCCUACUGGGUUGUUCUGCAGGAUGGGGUUAUAUCCUGGUACUCCAAACAGUCUGAUGCAGAAGCAAAUGUCAGGAGGCAAGGCUGCAAGUCACUCACAAACGCUCACUGCUUGAUACGAGCCAGAGAUAACUGCUUUUUUACCCUCAAGUGCUUUGAUGACAGCGUGCAUCAGUUCAAAGUUUGCCCUAAGAGUGAGCCGGAGGCAGCCAGAAAAGCAUGGCUGAGUGCGCUGGAGGAGCACACGGCUUACAGCACACACUACUGCUCCCAGGAGCAGGGCAGCGAGGAGGAGGAGGAGGACGAAGAGAAAGGCAUGUCGCUAGGGGAACUGACGGACUCGCUACAGGCAGCCGAGGUCAGCCAGAAGAAGCUGGAACAGGAGGUGGCGGCGUUCCUGUCCUUCCUGAAAAAUGACGGGCUGUCAAAACGAUUUCCUUCGGCAGUGCUACAGAUGAUGCAGGAAAUCUGUGACUUGUCCAAUGAGACCACCUCCAGUCUUGCUGUCUGCCUCAGCCUCUUCUCCAGACAGGAAGGGGUGCGCUGUGUGAAAUUGGAGCAGGAGGUGGAGAAGAACAAGAUCCUCUCCGAAGCGCUGCAGACUCUGGCCACAGAGCACCACGAACUUGAGCAAUCCGUCGUCAAGGGAUCGUCACCGCGCAGCGCCCUCAGCGAGGAUGAGUUCCACGACGCCGUGUCUGAGUCAGGCUCUGAGCUCUCCCUGAGCGGCUUUGAGACGGUGGCCAGCCAUUCCUUUGAAGAGGACGAGGAGGAGGACGAAGGCUCUAUCAUGCUAAGCAGCCCAUGCAGCAGCCCCACCACCAGCAUGUUGCAGGAGGAUCACCAUGGAGACAGAGAUGAGACUCAGCCCAACGGGAUAACAAAGCACAGGGCGAGCUUACCUGCGCCGAUGUUCUCGAGAAAUGACUUCAGCAUUUGGAGCAUUCUGAGGAACUGCAUUGGGAUGGAGCUCUCCAAGAUCACCAUGCCGGUUAUUUUCAACGAGCCGCUCAGCUUCCUGCAGCGUUUAACGGAGUACAUGGAGCACACGUACCUCAUCCAUCAGGCCAACGCAUCCUCCGAGUCUAUUGAGAGGAUGAAGUGUGUGGCUGCGUUUGCCGUGUCCGCCGUGGCCUCCCAGUGGGAGCGGACAGGUAAACCCUUCAACCCACUCCUGGGGGAAACCUACGAGCUGGUCAGAGAUGACCUGGGCUUCAGGCUCAUCUCAGAGCAGGUGAGCCACCACCCUCCCGUCAGCGCCUUCCACGCUGAAGGUCUGAAGCAGGACUUUGUGUUUCACGGAUCCAUCUACCCUAAGCUUAAGUUCUGGGGCAAGAGUGUGGAAGCUGAGCCGAAAGGCAUCAUCACACUGGAGCUGCCCAAGCACAAUGAAGCCUAUACGUGGACAAAUCCUACCUGUUGUGUUCAUAACAUCAUUGUGGGUCAGCUGUGGAUUGAGCAGUAUGGAAAUAUGGAGGUGAUCAACCACAGAACUGGGGAAAAGUGCUGUCUCAAUUUCAAACCAUGUGGACUUUUUGGAAAGGAACUGCACAAAGUUGAAGGUUACAUUCUUGAUAAGAGCAAAAAGAAGCUGUGCGCUCUAUACGGGAAGUGGACCGAGUGCCUGUACGUCGUCGACCCGGCCGCCUUUGAAGCUCACAAGAAGAACGACAAAAAAGGAGCAGAGGAGAAGAAAGCCAGCAAAGCGGGUAAUAUUGGGGAUCAGGAGGGUGUACCCUCACCCGCUGCAGACACUGUGGAGAUGAUUCCUGGAAGCCAGCUGCUGUGGAGAAUUGCACCCAGGCCAGCAAACUCCACCCAGAUGUACAGCUUCACAUCCUUCGCGAUGCAGCUGAACGAGCUGCGUAAGGACAUGGAGGGAGUCAUUCCGCAGACCGACUGCAGGCUCAGGCCGGACAUAAGAGCCAUGGAGAACGGCGACAUCGACUUUGCAAGCGAGGAAAAGAAGAGGCUGGAGGAGAAGCAGAGAGCCGCUCGUAAAAACCGCUCUAAAUCUGACGAGGAGUGCAAGACCAGGAGCCCUCCCCUCGGCCCGAGGUGGUUUCAGCAGGGACCAAAUCCUCACACCCGUUCUCAGGACUGGCUCUUCUCCGGCGGAUAUUGGGACAGGAACUACAGCCAGCUGCCGGAUAUAUAUUAAUACCUUUUGUGCACAGAAGGAGAAAGGAAGAAAAAAAGAAAUCACGUCCUGUUGUUUAAAUUUCAACAAUAAAUGUUUGGUUUUCUUGACUUUCUUUUUUUUAAAUGAACAGCUACACUCAUAAGCACUUUGGGAAGUGUGAGCACCUGAACAUUGUGGCCUUAGUGAAAAUUAUGAUGGGAGGAAAAAAAAGUCACUCGUUACUUAUAGUUUGAUGAUGCUUUGAGAUGCAUUGUUUAUAUUUAUACUGAAAUACUUUAUUUCCUGACUUUUAGCACAGUUGACUGGGGGUUUAUAGCUUUUUUUUAGGAUCUAUCUUCUUUUAAAUGUUGAUUGUAAAUCUGUAUAUACAUUCUCCACAUCUUCAACCUUCAUUGACCUCAUCGUAGUAUUCUCCACUACUCUGGACCUCCCUCUUUUUUUCCCCCUAACUUUUUUUUGCCUUGUACAGUUAAAGGAUGCUUUUAAAACCUUCUUACAUACGACACUGUGUAUUUUCUGGCUUAUCGGCCCCCUCAAGAAUAAGUUUAGCAUUAUUUUUUUUUAAAUCAUCUGGUUUUUGUGCUCUGUUUUUAUUGAAGCACGUGUAAAAAUUGAGCUCUAAAAAAGAGCCAAAGUUGGAUCGGAUUUCCGCUGUAAAUUAAAAAAAAAAAAAAAGUGAAUUCUGUACAAACUGAGAGAUUUUUUUUGUGAUGGAAAUAAUUUGUAUAAACAGAAAAACUAUGAUUUGAGUUCACCUGUGAAAAGAAAAUCACUAUUUACUAGAUUUUUCUACAUUUUCUUUCUGCAUUUAUAAGGAGCAUUGACAUUGUAAAUUGCUUAUCUAAAUAAAAAACACUUCAGUGCAUUCCUGUAUGUUUUCCAUGUUGCUGUUUAGUGCUAUUAAUAAAUCAUUUAAGGAGUUAUUUACUCUCGUGUAGUAAUGUGUUUUAAAGUUAUGCUUAUUUGCUAUUCCUUUUGUCCAUCAUCUAUGCAUAGCUGUGUAUAAGCAUUCACACAUACUGUAUUUUACCACCCAGUAAAAUUGAUCUAUUUUCAGUAAUAAAGAUAUAAUGUACACAUA